UGAAGGCGUGAACUUUUUUUUAGCACAUAACUAUGUGAAAUAAAUCAGUAAAAUAGGAAGCAGUGACUCAGUCUGUCGAGUCCUUGUUGGAGCUUUAAAUCAGUGGCACUGAUCCUGUUUUCUAUUCUACGUCAUCAUCAGAAGAAGAAGAAGAACCAGAGCUCUGCAUACAAGAUGUUGAAAAAGGCCACAUGUAGCCUGCUUCAACAGACCGAUGAAGAUGGCACACUGAUUGCUGUUUCCCGACUUAACGAUUCCGAAAAACUGAAGCCACUUGCAGUUGUGAUCAAGUGUCCAGGAACAUGGUUCUGGCAGAGAACUAAAUACAAACCCACAGACUUCACUCUCAAUGACCUGCUGGAAGGAAAGCCUAUUCAACCAGUGCUAGAGGAGCAGGUGUUUCUGAAUAAAUAUGAAGAGACACAGAACGGCAGUUUAAGUGGAUCUGGGAUGAUAGAUAUUUCUGGAGUCAACAUGGAGGCCCAGGGACACGGGACAGCCAAGAUUUUAUCGUCUCUUGGGACACUUCGUAAAGAAAGACUGAAUAUGCCACUUUUUCUAAAAGACUCCAAGGACAGGAAAUUGGACGUUCAGCACAGUCUUAUUAUGCAGAAACAAGGCAAAAAUAAAAUCUUCACUAUACUAAAAGAGCGGAUCUUCACCACUUGUGACUGCACCAUUAACUUCAGUGAACUGAAAGAAGGCAGCUUCAGCAGCUUACUUAAACUUAUUGGUCCAGUCAAGGUUGAACUGAACAAGAGUGUGUGUCUACAGAACACCAGAAACGUUGCUAUUGAGAUCCCUGCACACACUGUGUUGGCCUACAGUGUCAGUGAACUGAACAUUAAAAGUGAUGGUCACUAUGAGGUUGCUGUAAACCCUGAUGGGAUUGAGGCAGAUGACAGCAGCAUUACCGAGCAUUCAGGCCACGAUGUGAUAGAAGUGGAUGGAUUAUGGGCGCUGACACAAACAACAGAGCGGUCUUCACUGAAUGCCUUGAGUAAAGAACUGGCGGGUGUGAAGGCGACGUUGUGCGAAUUGGCUCGUCUGUCACCUGAAACUCGCUUCUCUCUGUUAAAUCUCUUUCAAGAGAUUCUACCAGAUCAGACACUUUUAUCCACUUUAGACAGCAAGCUGGAGAAAGUAUGUGAAGAACCUAUGCAUGAUUCUUACACUUAUUUGCAUGACACAUCUGAUGAGUUCGCUGGCAAAUUUGUGGACGUGCUACUGUCUGAUACAGAUACACUGAGCCUGAGAUCAAAUGGACCUUGGAAAACAGAUAGCCAUAAUGGAUCAUCUGUAAAGUCAACCAGUCAGAGGCAGUUAAUUUUGACUGCUAUGCACAUGCUGAUCAGUGCUGCUGAAGAGCUGACACAUGUUGGCCUCAGCUUGCUAAAAAGCUGCUCUUCAGAAACAAUUAAUGGGUUAAAUGAUUUAGUCAAUCAUCUGACCAAUGCUUCCCAUCAAGUCCCCUUCAGUGAUCUUCCUUUUCUCCUGAGGAACGGCGAGGUGCCUCAGGAGGUGGAGCAGCUGUUCAUCUCAUCCAACAUCACGCUGAAGAUAGAUAACAAAGAGCUGCACGCAGAGAUGGGAAGUGGCAGUAAAGUCCUUCCCCUAGUACUCUGUGUGGUCAUCCAUGGCCUUGCGUACUUGAAUGAAUCGUGUGAAAUAGAUAUAGAAAUCUAAUAAACAUGUUUACUUCUCCAGAGUUUCUGAUACUUAUAUUUGUCAUAUAACUUUUUAAGCCAGAACUUGUUCAAAAAUGAUAUUUUUUAGCUGAAGAAUAAAUAUUAUAGCAGGUAGGCAGCUGGCGCUCUUCUUCACGUGACCCCGACGUCACAAACUGCUUCAAAAAUGAUAACUUGCACUUUCUGCUUGUGAUUCAUUUAAUGAUAAUGUAGUGCUAAUUCUGUCAUCACCUAUAAUCCACUUCAACAAAUCUGUGUUCUGUCAUAUUUCACUAUGUUAGAAAUAUUUUCUUUGUUAUUUUGUUUUAUCUUUCACACACACACACACACACACAAACAGUGCUGAUUAUUGAAGGCUAUUCUGAAGAUGAUGAAGAUGAUUGAGGAAGAUUGUUUUGGAUUAUUCACCCAGUUGUAUCUCCUCAAUGAUAUUGUUCGAUUUUCUCUGUACCUUCUUUCUGCAGUUUUUAAUAAAGCGAAGCAUAACAA